AUGGACCUCGAAAUUGGUGGUUGUUAUGUCUCCGAAACGGACAGACUACCACAUGCCUACACGACAUUGCGCAACCCUAUAUUACCCUUGAUCGACUUUGAUCCAAAAACAUCUGCUCUUACAGCGAACGCCACUUGUCCUUGCGAGCUUCAACUCUCUUUUUGUGCUGGAGUUCAUUUUCCGGAAAAGAAACACUACAAGGAUUGCCACUACAUUCAUUUUCAAACGCCUUUCAUCACACCCGACGAUUUCCCCUACAAUGCCGACGUCCCCAUCAGCAUCCGAUGGCCUGUGACUGAGUGGCAACUGACAGUAACUGCACACGACCGAUUUGGGAACUCGGUAUUGGAAGUAUCACGUUUCUUUCGUAACAUUAGUUCACACUCUCCUAUUACGGAUAUGACCAUUGAAGCAAAGAAUGUCACAGUCAGUUUUUCGUUUUCUGUGGAGUGUGAAGCAAAUUUCUAUGGUCCUGCAUGCACUAUCUUUUGCAAUGAGACAUUCAAAGAUCAGAAUGGCGGUUCAUUCAAGUGCUCACCAGGAGGAAAAAAGAUCUGCGAAUCUGGAUGGACUGGUUCACUCUGUAAUGAACCAAAAUGUGAGAAGGACUGUGUCCAUGGAACAUGCAUUGGCCCAAACACAUGCAGAUGUGACUUUGGCUGGAAAGGCGUCUCCUGCUCGGAAUGCGUGCCACUGGCAGGAUGCCAAAAUGGAUACUGUCGCACAGCUCAUCAGUGUGAAUGCCUGAGAAAUUGGGGUGGUCUAUUAUGCGAUAUUGACUUGGAUUACUGCUCAAACCAUAAGGACUUGUGCCAGAACGGUGGCGUAUGCCUCUCGGAUGGUGAAGACCUAUACAGAUGCAAUUGUACAGCAGCCUUCGAAGGUAAAAAUUGCGAAAAGAAGAAAGAAGUAGACUGCACGAUGCUCGACUGCGGAGUGGGAGUGUGCGUAAUGGGCAAGGCACCUCAAUGUGAAUGCCCUCUUGAUCGCAGUGGGACACACUGCGAGUAUCUAGAAAGUGACGUGAAGACCUCGUUUCGGAUAGAUGUGCUGCUCAUCAGCGUGGCCAUUCUAAUCCUAGCAAUCUGCCUAGCAGUCCUUAGUGUGCUGAUUAGAUUUAUCUGCGAGAAGCUGGAGCUAAUCCAGAAAGGCGGGCAAGCAAUCCCUUUCUACACUGCACACUGGGUAGCGGCUGAGCUUCACAUCAGGGAAAGAUCUUCUUCUCCGCCACCCACUUACGACACUGGUCAAAAUCGAUCUCCUCGUAAAUCUUGGCAAAAGAGCAGCACGGAGUUUUUAGAGGAAAUUACAGUCUAG